AAAUACAAAUAAUAAAAUAAUUUUUUCCAAUUAAUUUCAGGAAUUAAAAAGACAAUUUAUUUUCUUUUCUAUAUUUUUUUUAGAAUUAAAAACACACCUUUUGAAUGAAAUUUCACAAACCCUUAUUUAAUUCUGCAUAAAGAAGAAACCCCAAGUAAUCAAGGGUCGAUUAAUCUUUGAGUGAAGAUGGAAGAUGCUGCGGCAUUAGUGGAGGCGACUGGAUCGCGGUUUAGUAAUCUUGAACUCAUUGGAAGAGGGUCAUUUGGAGAUGUUUAUAAAGGGUUUGACAAAGAGAACAACAAAGAGGUUGCUCUUAAAGUUAUUGAUUUAGAAGAAGCAGAGGAUGAAAUUGAGGACAUCCAGAAGGAAAUCUCAGUUUUGCAACAAUGUCGAUCUCAGUAUAUAACAGAAUACUAUGGGUCCUAUCUUCACCAAUCUAAGCUAUGGAUAAUAAUGGAAUACAUGGCUGGCGGAUCUGUUGCUGACCUAAUUCAACCAAAUCAACCGUUGGAUGAAAUGUCCAUAGCUUGCAUUUUACGUGACCUGCUUCUUGCUAUUGAAUAUCUUCACAAUGAAGGAAAAAUCCAUAGAGAUAUAAAAGCUGCAAACAUUUUGUUGACCGAAAGUGGUGAUGUAAAGGUUGCUGACUUUGGCGUGUCCGCACAACUCACCAGAACAAUUUCUAGAAGAAAGACAUUUGUAGGGACGCCAUUUUGGAUGGCUCCAGAAGUGAUUCAAAAUACAGAGGGAUACAAUGAGAAGGCAGAUAUAUGGUCAUUAGGAAUAACUGCCAUUGAAAUGGCCAAAGGAGAACCUCCACUAGCUGAUCUUCACCCUAUGAGAGUUCUUUUCAUUAUACCUAGAGAAAGUCCACCUCAGUUGGAUGAACACUUUUCUCGUCCUAUGAAAGAAUUUGUUUCGUUGUGUUUAAAGAAAGUGCCUGCUGAAAGACCAAGUGCAAAGGAACUUCUGAAGCACCGUUUUAUUAGGAAUGCCAGGAAGACUCCAAAACUCCUGGAUAGAAUCAGAGAACGGCCAAAAUUCCAACUAAAAGAUGACAUUGGUUCGCCAGACGGUACAAAAGUUCUACAAGAAGGGUCUGAUACUAUGAAGGUUUCAAGAGCUGAAGAGACUGUUCAAGCCAGAAAUGCUGGCUGGGAUUUCAGCUUAGGGGGGUCAACGAGUACUGGGACAAUUAGAAGCUCUGUUAGACCACCUCAAAUGAAAAACAAGUUAGACAUUUCUACAAAUCAAGCAACUGUUAACCAUCUCUCAUCAGAAGUUUAUAUUGAUACACAAGAGUCUUUACGUGAAGAAAAAGAAGAAUAUUACAGGGAUGAGGAAGAUAUAUCUCCAGUUGGCACUGGAACUGUUGCUGUGAGACCUCAGAGAGCUGAAAAUUUCUUGUUUACUGGUGAUCAUAGUGCCAUGUCGAGUAGCAGCAUAUCUUCUUCACUUGAGGAUGCUUCCACCAGUGGAACCAUUGUAUACCGAGGACAACAUGAUGGUUCAGAUUCACCUCGAACUCCAAAGUCUAGAUUGGGGAGUCAAGAACGAGCUUCCACCGCCUCGUUUGAAGAUAGUGCAAUAAAUCUUGCAGAGGCGAAAGCAGCAAUUCAAGGAGGAAUGAGGAAAGGAAAUACGAGGGAUAGGUCCAGUUUAGCCAAGGCCAACAAAGAUGUCCAAGAAAGUAGAUCAGAAAAGUCAACAGCUAAUUCGGAUUCUUCGAGAGAUUUUCAAGAUGCAAUAAAAUCAUUUGCAAAGCCUCGCCAAACAAGUAGUGAUGAAGAAGAGAAACUUAGAAUGUCCGCCACAUCAGAAUCUGCCACACUGUCUACGCUGAUAAUCCCUUCAUUAAAAGAGGAAAUUUCUGAAGAUCUAGAAGCUCCUGUUGUAAAUUCGAUUAUAAACUCUUUAAUGGAUAUGGAGUAUACAAAGCCAGGUUCUUGUGAAUUUCUUGUUACAAGAAUGCUUCACCGACUAGCAAGUUCAAAAGAACCAUCACUGAAAAAUCUUCAAGAUGUGGCGACUCGUGGAUUUUCCAAGGAUAAAAAUGUAAACGAACAACCAGAGAAUGUGAAUCCAGAAGCUGAUAGCAAAAAGAAGCAACAGAGUAAAGAGUCUCAGUCUAAUGCCAACUUAAGCCCACUUGCGAGGUUCUUGCUUUCAAGAUGGCAAGGACUGACUUCACAAGAUGUCAAUACAGCUUGAGAGAUCUUGAAUUUUGCAGAUUGACACAAUGACUUUCGUCGUGCAUUUUAAGUUUGUUAGCGAUUAAUUUAUUCAAAUGUACAUACCUUUUUGAGUAAUCUGUAAAUUGUUUUCACAGUACUUUUGCCUGAGUGGAGCUUACAUCCCAAGUUUUUGCGGGUUGUAAACAUUCUGCUUCGGUUGUACAAUAUCACAUUGGAAUUAUGGAUUUGCCAUUAUGCUACCAUAAAAUUGCCAAUUUGAAAUUUUUGCUCAAAUUGUGGCAUUGUGUGUUCCAUUUAAAUUGAUCUUGUUUGAACCAUUGUCAA